AAUUUGUAAACAAAAGUUGUACCAUUUUUGUACAAUGUUUUAGAUAUGUAUCUUCACAAUAUAUUCACAAGAACCCAUUCUUUAUGCAAGUGUCAUUUUGUCCGAAAAAUUAGUGCACAAAUCACAGAAAGAAAAUUUGAUAACAGAAAGUAUCAGUAUGAUUUGCUUGUCAUUGGGGGAGGAUCAGGUGGCUUAGCAUGUGCCAAGGAAACUGCACUUCUUGGUAGAAAAGUUGCAGUUUUAGAUUAUGUUGACCCAUCUGCUAGAGGAACAACAUGGGGCUUAGGUGGUACAUGUGUAAAUGUAGGCUGCAUUCCAAAGAAGUUAUAUCAUCAGGCUGCUUUAUUAGGGAAAGCAAUAAAGGACUCGAAGAGCUAUGGCUGGAAUUUUGAUGAAAGCAAAAUAAUUCAUGAUUGGGGGACUUUAAAAGACGCCAUUCUUGGACAUGUCCGUUCCUUGAACUGGGGUCAUCGUGUUCAAUUAAAACAGAAAAAUGUUGAUUAUUUUAAUGCUAAGGGCUCCUUUAUAACACGUAAUGAAGUGGAAAUUCUUCAUAAAACUGGAAAAAAAGAAAACUUCUCUGCCGAAAACAUCGUUAUUGCUGUUGGUGGACGACCCAAGUAUCCUGAUAUACCUGGUGCAUUAGAAUAUGGUAUCACUAGCGAUGAUGUAUUCAGUCUUGAAAAGCCACCUGGGAAAACGUUGGUUGUUGGUGGAAGCUAUGUUGCUUUGGAAUGUGCUGGCUUUCUUACAGGGCUUGGAUUUGACACAACAGUCAUGGUCCGAUCUAUCUGUCUCAGAGGCUUUGACCAGCAAAUGGCCACUCUAAUUGCAAAUCACAUGGCGAAUGAUGGAACAAAAUUCCUGCAUGGAUGCAUACCCUUAAAAAUUGAAAAAGCAGCUGAUCUUUUGACCGUGAAAUGGGAGAGUAAAGACAAGCAACUUCAUGAAGAUACUUUUAAUACUGUUCUAUUUGCCAUUGGAAGAGAAGCCUAUACUAAAAAUCUGGGUUUAGAGAAAAUAGGUGUUGAAUUUCAUCCCGAUUCUCGCAAGAUUGUAGGUCAAAAUGAACAAACAUCUGUUCCUAACAUAUAUGCCAUUGGAGAUGUACUGUUGGGAAAACCUGAACUCACUCCAGUUGCAAUCAAAGCUGGAAGAUUAUUAUCUCAUCGGCUCUUUGGUGGAUCUACUCAAGAAAUGGAUUAUGAAAAUGUAGCUACUACUGUUUUCACUCCUUUGGAAUACGGGUGUGUAGGUCUUUCUGAGGAGGAAGCUAUUCAUAGAUUUGGUGAUAAUCAAAUUGAAGUCUAUCAUGCAUUUUAUAAACCAUUAGAAUUUUCAUUACCCCAAAAGGAUGCCAGUCAAUGCUAUAUUAAGGCCAUUGUAUCAAAAACAAAUAAAAAAAUAGUUGGAUUGCAUUUUUUGGGUCCCAGUGCCGGAGAAGUGAUCCAAGGAUAUAGUACUGCUCUUAGGUGUGGGUUCACUUUGGAACAUUUACAACAGACAGUAGGCAUUCAUCCAACAUGUGCUGAGGAGAUUGUAAAGCUGAAUAUCACAAAAGCAUCUGGCCUUGAUCCAACAGUUACAGGUUGCUGAGGUUAAGCUGCCCCUUAUAUUCCAAACAUUCCUAUGGAGACAAUUCCCCUUCCCUAAAACCCUGUUACUUCAAAAAAAUUUUAAUAUGGACACUUUGAAAAAGUGCUUAGAGUUUUAAAUUCAAACAUAGUCAUUUAUUUUUCUUUGAUCAAUAUCAAUCUUUCAUUUUGAAAAACAGCAUAUAAAUAUUAUGGUUUAAACAGGCCCCCUCAAAACCUUUUGAUGAGAAAAAUAGUUUAAAAAAUGUUUUGUACAGAUUUGUAUAGCUGAUAUCAAAAUGUGCAAAGAUUUUGCAUUGAGAUAUCAUACUAAGAAAAUUUUACUCAUUGCAAACUGCUCAUUUUAUUUAUUGUGCUCAUACUUUUAUGAAAAAGAAUAUAUCUAGUAACUAGGAGCCUAUAAUAGCAAAUCUACCAAGAACUAGUUGUUCGGAAAACUGUUAACUAAGCUUCUCAGGAAGCGCAAUUCAAUUUUAACCACUCUCAAUCUGACACAUUUGUGUAAUUUCAUUUAAAAAAAUUGUUGUUAGAAAAUUUUAAGCUAGGGUUCAACAAUCUAAUUUUUUUUAUGCACACGCACGUAUAUUAAAGCAAGUUUUUUUUUUCAAUGAAGAAAAAUGUUCUGAAACAGGAAUGUUUGGAAAAGGGGGUAGCAUACAUCAAUUAUUCAUUCUAAGAUGUAAUUUAGUAUUCAUCAUAAUUAAUGUGAUAUUUUCUUAGAAUGAAAUGAUUAAAAUAUUUUUCUGCUAAUUCAGAUAAAUGACGCUAUGCUCUGAAGCUGAAAAAGUGGGGCAAAGCUGAUGCUUUCUGAAUUUUAAAUCAAUGAGCUUUUGUAAAAAAAAAAGGAUUACUUACUAAAUGUAUUGUAAAGUAAAAUGAACUAAAUUUGGUAAUAAACAAGGUAUUUUUGUAUGA